ACCACUCACAAAGGAGCUUUCCCAGUCUGUGAAACCACAGCUCCUCAUUACAGAUGCUCCAAGCUGCAACAGACUCCCCGACAUACAUGGUGUAUGCAGCGUGGAGGCGUCUGGCUCCAGGGCUUCCCUUGUGCUCCCAUGCGGAAAGGGCCCCCCAAGGGAGCUGACGCCAGCUGACACUGAAAAACAAGGGAGAAAUAUCUUUUUUUCAUCAUGGCGGAAAGGAGCCUGGAGAUAGAUGGCCCCAGAUCUGUGGUGCCUGAUGAGCUCCAUCCUCCCCACUCCGAGUACUCUCAGUGGAAGUUUAAGCUGUUUAGGGUGAAGUCCAUGGAGAGAGCUCCUCUUCCCAGUAAGACACAGUCUGAGAUCGGAGCCACGCUGGUCAUCUCAGCUCCAGCAGUUUCUGAUGAAGAGACUGGUCUUGGUGAAGCUCCUGCCAGUGUUAUGAAAUUGUGCUUUGGGGGAAAAAGUAAAGAGAAUGUGGAGGGCCCUGGCAGGCGUGUGGAUAUGAAGCUCCAGGAAAUGGACACCCACAUGAACCACCUCAGGUGUUUGUGCCGCAUCUGUGGCAUGGCCCUGAGGAAAGUCAAAGGACCACUGCAUGAAGUUCAUGGCAAUCUGGAGGAGACAAGCAAAUGUGCGCUGCGCAAAAUGGGCUGCAAGCUCACAAGCUGGCCUCAGGUUCUCCUGAACGUCUUCAAAGUGGAUGUGACAGAGGACGCAGAGUCCAUUCACCCACUCUUCUUCUGCCACCGCUGCUGUAUGGUUGCCAUACGGGGAGGGGGGGUUUGUAGCUUCACCAGAACACAAAUUUCUGAAUGGAAACCUCAUUCCUCCCACUGCCACCUUUGUUAUCCAAAAAAACUUUCCUUCCAAAGAACAGGAAGAAAAAGGAGAAAAGUCAUUCCUAGAGCCCAGAGUCUGGCAAAAAGGAGCAGAUGGGACCACAGUGACAGCAUUUCUCUUGGCGAAAGGAAAGCCCUGAGCCAAUACGGAGAACGUCAAGGUCCUGUGCUGAGAGCGUGGAAGAAAGCGGGCCUCCAGAGAGAGCAGUGGGUCAGGAGUAUCACACACUGCCAAAAGGAGCACCUAAGUACCAAGCUGAUCUCUGAAAAACUUCCUGUGGACUUCAUCAUUUCUCUCACCUGCCUUGUGUGUGACCACUUACUCUGUGACCCAGUUCAAUCCCCCUGUGGGCAUCUCUUCUGCCGCAGCUGUAUUAUGAAAUUAACCCACGUUCUGGGACCUCACUGCCCUGCCUGCAACUUUUCCUGUGCUCCAGAUGACCUGAUCCCUCCGUCCAAAACCUUUCUAUCAGCCCUGCAUUCCCUGCUUCUGCUCUGCCCUUCUGACGGUUGUGACGAAGAAGUCAGACUAGAUUCCAUUAAAGCUCACUGUCUGAGCCACAAAUUGGAAAACAGAUCAAAUCGACCGACAUUAGAGUUUGACAAUUACCUGCUCGCUAACAAAGGCGGAAGACCCCGCCAGCACUUGCUGUCAUUGACCCGCCGUGCUCAGAAGCACAGGCUGAGGGACCUGAAGACCCAGGUGAAGGAAUUUGCAGACAAAGAAGAGGGUGGUGAUGUUAAGUCCGUUUGUUUGACCCUGUUCCUGCUUGCACUGAGAUCCUCCAAUGAGCAUCGGCAGGCAGAUGAGCUGGAGGCCAUGAUGCAAGGCAGAGGCUUUGGUUUAAAUCCCGCUGUGUGUUUGGCUAUCCGGGUCAACACUUUCCUGAGCUGCAGCCAGUAUCAUAAGAUGUACCGCACUGUCAAAGCCACAAGUGGACGCCAGAUCUUUCAGCCCUUGCACACUCUCCGAGCCGCUGAGAAGGAGCUCCUGCCUGGCUUUCACCUUUUUGAAUGGCAGCCAGCCCUCAAAAAUGUGUCUACAUCUUGCAAUGUUGGCAUUAUUAAUGGACUCUCCGGGUGGACGUCAUCUGUUGAUGAUAUCCCGGCUGAGACCAUCACUCGGCGCUUUCGCUAUGAUGUGGCACUGGUGGCAGCAUUGAAGGAUCUGGAGGAGGACAUCAUGGAUGGGCUGAGAGAGAGUGGGAUGGAAGACAGCACUUGCACCUCAGGCUUCAGCGUUUUGAUCAAAGAAUGCUGUGAUGGCAUGGGUGAUGUCAGUGAGAAACACGGUGGGGGACCAGCUGUUCCUGAGAAAGCUGUCCGCUUCUCUUUCACCAUCAUGUCUAUAUCUGUCCAAGUAGAAGACGGAGACAAAGAAGUUACCAUUUUCACAGAGCCAAAGCCAAACUCAGAGCUGUCCUGCAAGCCCCUUUGCUUAAUGUUUGUGGAUGAGUCAGACCACGAGACUCUCACAGCCAUCCUGGGGCCGAUAGUGGCAGAGAGAGAUUCAAUGAAACACAGCAGGCUCAUAUUGUCCAUUGGAGGCCUGCAACGCUCCUUUCGCUUCCACUUUAGGGGCACGGGUUACGAUGAGAAAAUGGUGCGUGAAAUGGAGGGCCUGGAGGCCUCGGGGUCAACUUAUGUUUGCACACUGUGUGACUCCAGCCGAGCAGAGGCUGCUCAGAACAUGGUCUUACACUCCGUCACCCGCAGUCACGACGAGAAUCUUGAACGCUAUGAAAUAUGGAGAACCAACCCCUAUUCUGAGUCUGUGGAUGAGCUGCGGGACAGAGUCAAAGGCGUGUCUGCCAAGCCGUUCUUGGAGACGCAGCCCACGCUGGACGCAUUACACUGCGACAUCGGCAAUGCCACAGAAUUUUACAAAAUCUUCCAGGAUGAAAUCGGAGAAGUGUACAAAAAGGUCAACCCCAGUCGGGAGGAACGGCGCAGUUGGAGAGCAGCCUUAGAUAAACAGCUGAGGAAAAACAUGAAGCUCAAGCCAAUAAUGAGGAUGAAUGGAAAUUACGCCCGCAAGCUAAUGACCAUGGAGGCUGUGGAGGUGGUGUGUGAGCUGGUGCCAUCAGAGGAGAGGAGAGAGGCUCUUAGGGAGCUGAUGAAGCUCUACCUUCAGAUGAAGCCAGUGUGGCGGGCCACAUGCCCAGCCAAGGAGUGCCCUGACCAGCUGUGUCGCUACAGUUUCAACUCCCAGCGUUUUGCUGACCUCCUCUCCUCUACCUUUAAAUACAGGUACAAUGGAAAGAUAACAAAUUACCUGCACAAGACCCUGGCUCAUGUGCCUGAAAUCAUAGAGAGAGAUGGAUCCAUAGGGGCCUGGGCCAGUGAGGGAAACGAGUCAGCAAACAAACUUUUCCGGCGCUUCAGGAAGAUGAAUGCUCGUCAGUCAAAGGCCUUUGAGCUGGAGGACGUCCUGAAGCACCACUGGCUCUACACUUCCAAGUUCUUGCAAAAGUUUAUGGAGGCUCACAAGGACUCUGCUAAAGCUUUCCAGGCCACCAUCGACCCAGUGGAGACCUUAGAUGAGGAUGACCUGUCUCUUGAACUCCCUGAUUCAUGAGUUUUCAGUCCCAGUGUGUACAAAAUACAUUUGAUUAAUUUCAAAAUGAGUACCAGUUUCUUCAUUGUUCAUUAAGUUUUAUGUUUUAAUUAGUAUUUUCUCUUAAUCAUUUCUUCUUUUAUUUGAGUUCAAUAAUGGCUUAUUUUCAAGUUUCUUUUAUAUCUAGUUUGAAUUUUUGUAUCUUGGUGAAUGUCACCAUUCUAUUACAGGGUACUUAGGGAGUAACUCAUGUUUUGUGUUUGAAAUUUAUAUGUUUUCAAAUGUCAUUGCAAAUUUUGGGAGUUUUUUUCCCCCAACCUGUCAGAGGUAUUCUUAUUUUUUUCAAAGUACUAUGCUUUCUUGCUUGUUAUUUUUUUUAAACUUCUGACUGUUUUCCAAGUAACCAAAGUUCUCUGCGUUUAGCUGCUUCCCUUCCUCUUUUUUUGUAAUCUUUGCCAUGUGAAAUAUGGUGCAAUUUAUUGUGUUGCAAGGAUAUGACAGAUUUAUGAAUUUUUACUGAGCGAAUAUUUAUGGAAACAGAUGAAAGAGCUGUAAGUCCUGGAGUGAAAUUGUGUUAAAAAGAUCUUGUUUGUGGCCACUGUAUUAAUGUAUCAUUUUAGCUGGUGGGAAAUGCAAUCACAGAGAGCCAAAUGUUCUUUGUUUUAUGAGGGGACUCUAAAAAAGAUUACUUUAGUGCUUUAUCUUAGGUCCCUGAGGGCCAGAAUAGAUACUUGGUCACUUUGAAGUAAUUCUUUUUUUUUUUUAUCUCUCUUAGUUUUUGCACAGUAGAGGAUAGAUGAUGCCUUUUUGAAUCUUUUUUAAUAAAGUAUCUACUGACCUUUUUAUUGGUAGAAAAAUACAGAAUGGUCCAUUACAAUGUUUAAUACUCCAUGGACCAGAAAAAGUAGAGGAUAUGUUCUUUGUCAGACCUCUGUGGCCCUGUUUCCUUUUUCUUUUUUUUUUUUACCAACGCUGCUGACAGAGGAGAGCGAUGGGUGGAAACCAAAGAGACCUUGAAUAAACGGGUUUGUUGGCAACUUUUAUUUAUUUGAUUGAUUGAUUACACUGUCUUUUCCUGCUCGCACCAUUUUGAAUUGUGACGGGUAAUUUUGCUUUCUUAUUUGAUUGAAUACUUGAUUUUAUUUUACUGUCAUAAGUUAGACAAGAUGACUGGGAUGACAUAUUCACAUUUUACCCCAUGGUUGUCAGCCGGUCCUGCAAUAACAUCAUUUUUGAGCAAGUUUCAUUGGAGUUUUUCUCAUGUCUGUUUUUACAGUAAUGAAUUGCAUUUCUAAACUAAUGGAUGAUGGAUGAUUCUGAAAAUUUCCAAUUCUUCACAUUUCAGAAUGUUUUCCUUAUUUUAUGCUUCCACACCUGCAGUAUUUAUCAGUGACGUGUUUACUGGGAUUGCAGAAAGGAUUCUCUGGUGACGUUUUAUUUACAGGCAAUAGAGCAGCAUCACACUAAAGGCUGAGUUUUUUUCGUGGUAUUUUUCAUGCUCAGUUUAUGCACUUCACAGAGCCACACAUCUACAAUCAAACUGAUGAGAUUUCUUUUGUUGAUGGAAGUUUUUUGUGUUUAAUGUUUACUUAUGUUUUAAAUAAAGACAAAACAUGUGUGA